GAAGGGGUCUGCAGAUAAAACUAAAACAGAAACAUGUCCUCCCUCUGUUAGUUCCGUCCCCAUUUUUGUUCUUGUGUUGUUGUCAACGUGAUACAGCGAUUACUUGUAGCAUCACCCACCCUGCUCCCUCCACAUAAAUCAAGAUUUCAUCUUCAAUCCUUAGCAAAACCCAAUUCAGUUUACAGAUUUCAAAUUAAUAUGAUUAUACCCUGAUGUGAAAGUGUUGAACUAAUUCGUGGGGUGUUCUUUCUAGUCAUGUCAAGAAUAGAGGCUAGGAAGAGAAUGGGGGAGGAUGGUGGCAAGGGGAAAUUGUUAAAUGAUAUUCAAUCUUUAAGUAAAGCUUUAAACAUUGAUAAAACCCAACCAAACACUUCUUUGAAGAACCCCUCUAAAUCAAAUUUCAAGGACACUAGUAGUAAUCAGGAGCCUUCUUCCAAGGACAAGAAGUCCAUGUGGAGUUGGAAGGGAUUUAAGGCUUUGACCGGGGCUCUCAACAAACGAUUCAAUUGUUCUUUCUCCCUUCAUGUUCAUUUGGUUCAAGGCUUGCCGCCUGAGUGUGAUGGUCUUAGUCUUCGUGUUCAUUGGAAAAGACGGGAUACGGAAUUCACUACUCGUCCAGCCAGGGUUUUGGAUGGAGUUUCUGAGUUUGAACAACAAUUGACACAUGUGUGUUCGGUUUAUGGUAGUAGAAACGGGUCUCGCAGUUCGGCAAAGUAUGAGGCCAGACAUUUCUUGUUAUAUGUAUCUGUGGUGGGGCGUCCUGAACUCGAUUUGGGAAAGCAUCGGCUUGACCUUACUAGGCUGCUACCUCUUAAUUUGGAAGAAUUGGAAGAGGAGGAUAGCUCUGGGAAGUGGACUACCAGUUUUAAAUUGUCGGGUAUUGCUAAAGGUGCAACCUUGAAUGUCAGUUUUGGGUAUACGGUCGUUGAAAAUAAUGCUGUUAGGCCUGCUACCCACAGUGAUCUCCCUAGGGGAUUGAGUUUGAGGGAGAAUAGGGAUGAUGAUAGUGCACUAAGGCGAGGUAAAACCCUUCCUAGUAGGUCUCAUGUGUUGUCUCAUUCGGUAAGAGAAGUAAAGGAUCUGCAUGAGGUUUUGCCAGCAGCAAGGUCAACACUCUCUGAUUCAGUGAAUAUAUUGUAUCAAAAAUUUGAUGAAGAGAAACUAAGUAUAUCAGUUGAAAAACCUAAGCUUCAGUAUAUGAAACCAAAAUCAUACACAGAUGACACCGAGGAAGACAAUGUUAAAACCCAGUGUGAAGUUAGCGCCCAAAGUGAAAUACCUGACCUCGAGUAUAUGAAUACAAAAUCAUACACAGAUGACGCUGAUGAAGACAAUGUUAAAACCCAGUGUGAAGUUAGCGCCCAAAGUGAAACACCUGACCUCGAGUAUAUGGAACCAAAAUCACACACAGAUGACGCUGAUGAAGACAAAGUUCAAACCCACUGUGAAGUAACUGCUCAAAGUUUGGAGGAGCAUAAUACAGUAUUGUUGACUGAGGAAAAGGUAAAGCUGGGGUUGGAUAUUGUGAAGUCUACUGUUGGUUCCCUGCAACAUAAUCUUGAUAUUAAUGUUGGCAGCCCUGAUAGAGUAGCUUCCGAGGAGGACACCAAGAUACAAGAAUCUCAGGGUCACAUUGACGACUUUGUGGAGACUGACUUUAAUUUUAAGGAAGAUGACUUCUGCAACACAGAUUCUCUCAUGAAAGAACUUGAAUCGGCGUUGAGCAGUGUCUCAAAUUUACUGAAAGAAAGCUCUGAUUCUCAAGAAGACGAAUGUCAAAUUUUAAGCGAAGAGAAAUAUUUAGGGGCUGAAUCAAUUGACAAAGUGAGUGGCGUGGAGAAGUCUAUCAGCAUGGAUGAUGUCACAGAUUCUGCUGCUUGUGAAUUCUUAGACAUGCUGGGAAUAGAACAUAGUCCUUUUGGCCUGAGUUCUGAGAGUGAGCCCGAGUCCCCUAGAGAGCGUCUGCUGAGACAAUUUGAGAAGGAUUCUCUGGCCAACGGCUGUUCGCUAUUUAACUUUGAUGAUGAAUUGGAUAUGACAGAAUUUGGUGAUGAUAUUCUCUCUGGAUCUGGUUUGGGGUCCAUCUCUGAAGACGUCCAUCAUUCAUCAAAAGGGGAACUGUAUGAAAAUGCCAAUGUAGAUACUCAAGCAUUAGGGAGAAAAACAAGGGCCUCUGUGUUGGAAAAUAUGGAGACGGAAGCAUUAAUGCGGGAGUGGGGUUUGAAUGAGAAGGCUUUUCAGUGUCCUCCACCUGAUAGCUCUGGGGGAUUUGGAAGCCCUAUUGAUCUCCCUCUGGAACAGCCCAUUCCACUGCCAUCCCUUGGAGAAGGCUUAGGUUCAAUUGUUCAGACUAAGGAUGGAGGUUUUUUACGCUCAAUGAGCCCCGAGCUUUUUAGGAAUGCAAAAGUUGGUGGAAGUUUGGUCAUGCAGGUUUCUAGUCCUGUCGUGGUACCUGCUGAAAUGGGUUCUGGAAUAACGGAGAUACUACAGGGUCUGGCUUCAGUUGGAAUCGAAAAGCUUUCGAUGCAGGCGACUAAAUUGAUGCCUUUGGAAGAUAUAAGCGGGAAGAUGAUGCAACACAUCACAUGGGAGGCUAACCCCAGUUUAGAGGCCCCCGAAAGACAAGUUCCGCUGCAGCAGGAUUCUGAGGUUGACCGAAACCUAUACUCUGGAGAAGAAAAUGCGAAAAGAAGUUCAUCUCGUCUCAGGUCAAGUAAGCGUUCAUCCAAUUCGUUUAAUCAUCAUGUGGACUCUGAAUGUGUAUCCCUAGAAGAUCUUGCUCCUUUGGCGAUGGACAAGAUUGAAGCCCUCUCAGUGGAAGGAUUGAGAAUACAAUCUGGCUUGUCAAAUGACGAUGCACCUUCAAGCGUUACCUCACAUUUUACUGGUCAAUCUUCUGCUCUCAAGGGAGAGAUGGUCAAUAUUGGUGGCUCAUUAGGUUUGGAGGGUGCUGGUGGCCUGCAACUGAUGGACGUCAAAGACAACAGUGAUGAUGAUGGGGGUUUAAUGGGUUUAUCUUUAACUCUUGAUGAAUGGAUGAGAUUGGAUUCGGGUGUAAUUGAUGAUGAAGAUCAAAUCAGUGAGAGAACCUCGAAGAUUCUUGCGGCUCAUCAUGCUACUCCCGGUGACAGGUUUCAUGGGAAGUCUAAUGGGGAUAAAAAACGAGGUAAAGGCUCCAGAAAGUGUGGUUUGUUAGGGAACAACUUCACAGUGGCAUUAAUGGUGCAAUUACGUGAUCCGUUACGGAACUAUGAACCUGUUGGUACCCCAAUGCUUGCACUCAUUCAAGUUGAAAGAUUGUUUGUCCCCCCUAAGCCAAAGAUAUACUGCAAUGUUUCAGAGAUUAGGCCUUACAUUGAUGAUGAAGAUGAGUCUGAGCCUACAGCGAAGGAAGUAAUGGGAGAGAAGAUGCAAGAGGAGGAAGUGAUUCCAGUGUUCAAAAUCAAUGAAGUUCAUGUCGCUGGGUUGAUAAGUGAGCCUGGUAAGAAGAAGGCUUGGGGUUCUAAAACUCAACAACAGUCUGGAUCUCGUUGGUUGAUUGCUAAUGGAAUGGGAAAGAGCAAUAAAUUUCCAGUAACGAAAUCAAAGGCACCUGCUAAAACUUCUCCAGAAAUGACUAGAAUACAACCUGUGGAGACUUUAUGGAGCAUCUCGUCUCGGGUAGGGGCUAAACUGAAGGAAUUAGCUUCCCUGAAUUCUCCUAUUCGCAAUCCAGAUGUUAUCAUCCCACAGAAUGAUACUCUCAAGUUACACUGAGUGAAGCUGCCGUAUAAGUGUCCAUGUUUCAUCUUUUUUUAGUUUUGUGGUCAAUGGCUGUUGUGAAACAUUGUGAAAUAUUGCAGAACUGGUUUCAAGAAUUAGUUGCAAGUUAUAUAGAAACACACCAAGCUUGCAUAGAACAUACUUACUCAGAUGUCAAUGGGGGAUCUGUAGCUUCGGGUAUGCAGACAAACCUUUGGACCCCUUUGUUUUAUUAAAAUGGAAGGCCCUGCUUUCAUAUUAGUUAUUACU